GAGGGUUACUGGACCUCAUCACGCCAGUUGAAGUUACUUGGCCGAAACCAGAGCCGCCGGAGCUCGACCAACAAUGGGGGCUUACAAGUAUGUGUCGGAGCUAUGGAGGAAGAAGCAGUCUGAUGUCAUGAGGUUUUUGCAGCGGGUGAGAUGCUGGGAGUACCGCCAGCAUCCUUCCAUUGUCCGUCUCACUCGCCCCACUCGCCCUGACAAGGCUCGUCGUCUGGGUUACAAAGCCAAGCAGGGUUAUGUCAUCUAUCGUGUUCGUGUGAGGCGUGGUGGAAGAAAGAGGCCAGUUCCAAAGGGUAUUGUCUAUGGUAAACCUACAAAUCAGGGUGUCACCCAACUGAAAUUCCAGAGGAGCAAGCGCUCGGUUGCAGAGGAAAGAGCUGGCAGGAAGCUGGGUGGUCUUAGGGUUUUGAACUCAUACUGGAUCAAUGAGGAUUCAACAUACAAAUACUAUGAGAUAAUCUUGGUUGAUCCUGCCCACAAUGCUAUCAGGAAUGACCCAAGGAUCAACUGGAUCUGCAACCCUGUUCACAAACACAGGGAGCUCCGUGGCCUCACUUCUGCUGGCAAGAAGUACAGGGGUCUCCGUGGCAAGGGACAUUCAAACCACAAGGCCAGACCUUCUAGAAGGGCAACUUGGAAGAGGAACAACACCCUUUCUCUCCGCCGCUACCGCUAAAUUUUGGAGUUUUUUUGGUCUUCUUAUUGUUAUCUAUCUUGUAGGGAUUCAUACUCUGACAGUUCUAUUUUGGACAAAUUAUGUUUAAAUUUGCUGUGAUAAGGCAAUAGAGUUUGGGACUUGUUUAACUCGAAAUUUGGAAUAUUUCGUCACUUAAAUGCUCCUUGGGCCUUAAAAGUUUCUUGUUGGACCAUGAAUGUUUUGUUCGCUUUCUUGUUGUUUAUCAAGGAAUUUUUGUUGUUAUGGUCAAUGGUAGUGCCUCAUUUUUUAA